AUGGCAAGUCCGCCUGCGCCCAUGCUUGUGCCCCCUGGACCCGACUGCCUGCGUCCCUUCACUCCUGAGUCCCUCCAGGCCAUAGAGAAGCGGGCAAUAGAGGAGGAGGAGAGACUUCUUCGGAACAAGCAGCUCGAGAUUGAGGAGCCCGAGAGGAAGCCACGAAGUGACUUAGAAGCAGGGAAGAAUCUACCCCUCAUCUAUGGGGACCCCCCACCUGAGGUCAUUGGCAUCCCACUGGAGGAUCUGGAUCCCUACUACAGUGACAAGAAGACCUUCAUCGUGUUGAACAAGGGGAAGUCCAUUUUCCGAUUCUCAGCCACCCCAGCCUUGUAUAUGCUGAGCCCCUUCAGUAAGAUAAGGCGUGGGGCCAUCAAAAUUCUCAUCCACUCAUUGUUCAGCUUAUUCAUCAUGAUCACCAUCCUGGCAAACUGUGUGUUCAUGACCAUGAGUGACCCCCCACCCUGGUCCAAAAAUGUGGAGUACACCUUUACAGGAAUCUACACCUUUGAGUCCCUCAUCAAGAUGCUCUCCCGAGGCUUCUGCAUUGAUGACUUCACAUUCCUCCGGGAUCCUUGGAACUGGCUAGACUUCAGUGUCAUCAUGAUGGCGUACCUGACGGAGUUUGUGGACAUGGGCAACAUCUCGGCCCUGAGGACCUUCCGUGUACUUCGAGCCCUGAAGACUAUAACAGUCAUUCCAGGACUGAAGACAAUCGUAGGGGCGCUGAUCCAGUCAGUGAAGAAGCUGUCAGAUGUGAUGAUUCUCACAGUCUUUUGCCUGAGUGUAUUUGCCUUAGUGGGGCUGCAGCUCUUCAUGGGGAAUCUGAGGCACAAGUGUGUGAAAUGGCCACCCCCCAUUGGUGACAUGAAUGAGACUUGGUAUGACAACGGGACGGCCUUGUUCGGCAAUGAGACAGGUUUUGGUAACGACACAGGAUACAGCAACUUUACCUUUGACUGGGAUGCCUACAUCAAUGAUGAAGGGAACUUCUAUUUCCUGGAGGGUGCCCCUGAUGCCCUGCUCUGUGGGAACAGCAGUGAUGCAGGGCACUGUCCUGAGGGCUACGAGUGCAUGAAGGCAGGCAGGAAUCCCAACUAUGGCUACACCAGUUACGACACCUUCAGCUGGGCCUUCCUCGCCCUCUUCCGACUCAUGACACAAGACUACUGGGAGAACCUCUUCCAGCUGACCCUUCGGGCGGCUGGCAAGACCUACAUGAUCUUCUUUGUAGUCAUCAUCUUCCUGGGCUCCUUCUAUCUCAUCAACCUCAUCCUGGCCGUGGUGGCGAUGGCCUACGCAGAGCAGAAUGAUGCCACCUUGGCAGAGGAGCAAGAGAAGGAGGAGGAAUUCCAGCAGAUGCUAGAGAAACUCAAGAAGCACCAGGAGGAACAGGAGAAACUGGUCAGUGCUCAGGCAGCCCUGGAGAGUGGUGAGGGAGAUGGGAACCAGAUGCAGGGGAAAGAUUGCAAUGGCGGCCUGGAUACAGAAGAGGUACGAUCUAACCCCCAAAGACAAAGCUGCAGCAUGGAAAGCGCCAUCUCGGAUGCCAUGGAAGAGUUGGAGGAGGCCCAUCAGAAGUGCCCGCCAUGGUGGUACAAGUGUGCCCAUACACUGUUGGUGUGGAACUGCUGUGCUCCGUGGGUGAAGCUAAAGAAGAUUUUAUACCUGAUUGUCAUGGACCCCUUUGUGGACCUCGGCAUCACCAUCUGCAUUGUGCUCAACACAGUCUUCAUGGCCAUGGAGCAUUACCCCAUGACUCCCCAGUUUGAGCAUGUGCUCUCCGUGGGCAACCUGGUUUUCACAGGCAUCUUCACUGCAGAGAUGGUGCUGAAGCUGAUCGCGAUGGAUCCCUAUGAGUACUUCCAGCAGGGCUGGAACAUCUUUGACAGUUUUAUUGUCACCCUGAGCCUGGUGGAGCUGGGGCUGGCCAACGUGCAAGGGCUCUCUGUGCUUCGAUCCUUCCGCUUGAUGAGAGUCUUCAAACUGGCCAAGUCCUGGCCCACACUGAAUAUGCUCAUCAAGAUCAUUGGCAAUUCUGUGGGGGCCUUGGGAAAUCUGACGCUGGUGUUGGCCAUCAUCGUCUUCAUCUUCGCCGUGGUGGGCAUGCAGCUCUUUGGGAAGAGCUAUAAGGAGUGCGUGUGUAAGAUUAAUCCCAGCUGCACCCUGCCCCGCUGGCACAUGCAUGACUUCUUCCACUCCUUCCUCAUUGUCUUCCGAAUCCUGUGUGGCGAGUGGAUCGAGACCAUGUGGGAUUGUAUGGAGGUGGCUGGUCAGCCCAUGUGCCUCACCGUCUUUCUCAUGGUCAUGGUCAUCGGGAAUCUUGUGGUCCUGAAUCUGUUCCUUGCCCUGCUCCUAAGUUCCUUCAGUGCCGACAGCCUGGCAGCCUCUGAUGAGGAUGGGGAGAUGAAUAACCUUCAAAUUGCUAUUGCUCGCAUCUCCUGGGGCAUUGAUUAUGCCAAAGCCUUCUUCCUGGCCCUCUUACAUGGUCAGAUCCUGGCUCCUGGAGAUAUGAAACAGAAAUCUGAGAAGGCUGAGGAGGGGGACGGUGGAGAAGAAGAGAAGAAGGAGCAACAGCAACAGGAAGAGGAAGAUUUAAAGAAGGACAACCACAUCCUGAACCACAUUGGUGUGGUGGAAUGCCCGCCAACUAGUAUUGAACUUGACCACAUGAACUUUAUCAACAACCCAUACUUGACGGUGCAGGUACCCAUCGCUUCUGAGGAGUCUGACCUCGAGAUGCCCACAGAAGAGGAAACAGACACAUUUUCUGAGGCUGAAGAGAUUAAGAAGCCACCACCCCCCAAGUACGAUGGGAACUCCUCGGUAGGCAGCACCGCUGACUACAAACCCCCUGAGGAAGAAGAGCAGCCCCAGGAAGAGGAGAAUGCUGAAGGAGAGCUCCCUGAGGAGUGCUUCACUGAGGCCUGUGUACAGAGAUUCCCUUUCCUCUAUGUUGACAUCACCUCGGAUCGAGGGAAAAUAUGGUGGAACCUUCGAAAGGCCUGCUUCAGGAUGGUAGAACACAACUGGUUUGAGUCAUUCAUUGUAUUCAUGAUCCUACUCAGCAGUGGAGCCUUGGCAUUUGAAGACAUCUACAUUGAGCAACGGAAGGUGAUCAGGACAAUCCUAGAGUAUGCAGACAAGGUCUUCUCCUAUGUAUUCGUCUUGGAGAUGCUGCUCAAGUGGGUGGCUUAUGGCUUUAAGGUGUAUUUCACCAACGCCUGGUGCUGGCUUGACUUCCUCAUUGUAGACGUCUCCAUCAUCAGCCUGGUUGCCAAUUGGUUGGGCUACUCUGAACUCGGGCCAAUCAAGUCACUUCGGACGCUUCGGGCACUUAGGCCACUCCGGGCUCUAUCCAGAUUCGAAGGCAUGAGGGUGGUGGUGAACGCCCUCCUGGGUGCCAUUCCCUCCAUCAUGAAUGUGUUGCUCGUCUGCCUGAUCUUCUGGCUCAUCUUUAGCAUCAUGGGGGUCAACCUGUUUGCGGGGAAGUAUUACCGAUGCAUCAACACCACCACCUCAGAUAUUUUUGACAUCUCUGUUGUCAACAACAUGUCAGACUGCUUCAAACUGAUGGACACCGGGGAGGUCCGAUGGGUCAACGUCAAGGUCAACUUCGACAACGUGGGCCUUGGCUACCUCUCGCUCUUGCAGGUGGCUACUUUCAAGGGCUGGAUGGAUAUCAUGUAUGCAGCUGUAGAUUCUCGAGAGGUUGAAGAACAACCCGAGUAUGAGGUGAAUAUUUAUAUGUACAUCUACUUUGUCCUCUUCAUCAUCUUUGGUGCAUUCUUCACCCUCAAUCUCUUCAUUGGAGUCAUCAUUGACAACUUCAACCAGCAAAAAAAGAAGUUUGGAGGAAAGGACAUCUUCAUGACAGAGGAACAGAAGAAAUACUAUAAUGCCAUGAAAAAAUUGGGCUCCAAGAAGCCUCAGAAGCCAAUUCCUCGACCUCAGAACAAGAUUCAGGGCAAGGUGUAUGACUUUGUGACCAAGCAGGUGUUUGACAUCACCAUCAUGUUCUUGAUCUGUCUCAACAUGGUCACCAUGAUGGUAGAGACAGACGACCAGAGCCAGCUCAAGAUUGACAUCCUUUACAACAUCAACAUGGUCUUCAUCAUCAUCUUCACGGGCGAGUGUGUGCUCAAGAUGGUAGCACUGAGGCAAUACUAUUUCACUGUUGGCUGGAACAUCUUUGACUUCGUGGUGGUGAUCCUCUCCAUUGUGGGCCUCGCCCUUUCUGACUUGAUCCAGAAAUACUUUGUUUCACCCACACUUUUCCGUGUGAUUCGUCUGGCUCGGAUAGGGCGCGUCCUGAGGCUGAUCCGAGGUGCCAAGGGUAUCCGGACCUUGCUCUUUGCCCUCAUGAUGUCUCUGCCAGCCCUCUUCAACAUUGGCUUGCUCCUUUUCCUCGUCAUGUUCAUCUAUUCCAUUUUUGGCAUGUCUAACUUCGCCUAUGUGAAGAAAGAGUCUGGCAUUGAUGACAUUUUCAACUUUGAGACCUUUGGCAACAGCAUGAUUUGCCUUUUCCAGAUCACCACCUCAGCUGGCUGGGAUGGGCUUCUGAACCCCAUCCUUAAUAGUGGACCUCCCGACUGUGACCCUGAGCUGGAGAACCCGGGCAGCAGCGUCAAGGGCGACUGUGGCAACCCUUCCAUAGGCAUCUGCUUCUUCUGCAGCUACAUCAUCAUCUCCUUCCUCAUUGUUGUCAACAUGUACAUUGCCAUCAUUCUGGAGAACUUCAACGUGGCCACUGAGGAGAGCAGUGAGCCACUGGGGGAGGAUGACUUUGAGAUGUUCUAUGAGACCUGGGAGAAGUUUGACCCAGAUGCCACACAGUUCAUUGCCUACAGUCGCCUCUCUGACUUUGUGGACACCCUGCAAGAGCCACUGAAGAUUGCCAAACCCAACAAGAUCAAACUCAUCACUCUGGAUCUUCCUAUGGUCCCUGGAGACAAGAUUCACUGUCUAGACAUACUCUUUGCUCUAACUAAAGAAGUUCUAGGGGACUCUGGUGAGAUGGAUGCCCUCAAGCAGACCAUGGAGGAAAAGUUCAUGGCAGCCAACCCAUCCAAGGUCUCCUAUGAACCCAUCACCACUACCCUGAAGAGGAAACAUGAAGAGGUAUGUGCUGUGAAGAUCCAGAGAGCCUACCGCCGGCAUCUACUUAAACGUUCAGUGAAGCAGGCCUCUUAUCUCUACCGGCAUAGCGGAGAUAGCAGUGGGUUUGAGGCCCCAGAGAAGGAGGGGCUGAUUGCGGAUACCAUGAACAAGAUGUAUGGGAACAACAGCUCCCAGAAAGAAGAGGAUAAAGCUACAGGGGAGGCUGGCCCUGCCCUGGGUCUCAAGCCCAUUGAUGCCCCAGACUCAAGCCAGUCAUCCCCAGAGCCACAGGGACAAAGAGUACGCCCAGGGGUCAAGGAGUCACUUGUCUAA